GGAGCAAGUAUUUAAAACCGGAGGGAGUAUAUAAUUAUCAAUAUUUUAUACGUAGUAUUUUUUUAACUUCCCCCACCCCCUCAUUUCCUUAUUCUUCUAGUCCUCCUCCAUAUUCUUAUUCAAAUCUCCAUUCACAACCCAACUCCAUCAGCUCCUUUCAAUCCCAACCCGCAACCACCUCUAUGUUCAUCGUUUUCAACCAUUUUUGUUUUAUCUAACUAAAACUGUAUUGAACAUAUCCAUCUUUCCUCUUGUGAACCACCAUUUUCACCACCAUGAAUUAAACAAAAACCCUAAGAAAUAAUCAUGAUUAAUACCAAGGGUUAGAUGCAUCAUCCUCCUCCAUUAAAGUCUCUUGCCAUGUUCAAUUUCUCCAUUGAAGUUCUUCGAUUUUCCUUAUCCAUUGAAGUUGCUCUGUUUUUACUUGAAUUAGUUUAUUCAUUAGAAAAAAAAAAUUACAAUAUUAAGUUUUCCUAUUAAGUUUUAAUAUAAAGUUUCAUAAUACCGAGAUUUAAUAGCCAACUCGAGCCGAGUUUUGACCGAGUUACUCACAAGCUACUCAACUCAAUUAGCUCCCCUAUUAUUAACAUAUGACAAAGUACAAACCCGAAUUUGACCUACUGACUCGAAUUGAUACCAACGCUCCAAUUUUGAUAGCGCGGAUAAUUUGUGCUUCCAAAAAAAAAAAAAAAAAAAAAAAAAAAGCAGCAAAACGUCCAAAACGAGGCUAAAGGUCUGGGGCCCCAAAAAACACCAUGAACUCAAAUUCAUGGUAAACAUUACCCGUCAUCCUUCGGUGGCGCUCUUCUCUUUUUCCCACCAUUUUUCGUCGUCAUUUGCUUCAUCCCACGAAGAGGAGAGAGAAAAUCACGGCGGCCUAAAAUGGCAGCAAGAAAAGGGGAGAAGUUCUCGGCGGAUUGGGUAAUGGGAGGUUCGGCGGCAGUGGUGGCGAAGACGGCGGCAGCACCGAUUGAAAGGGUGAAAUUGCUGUUGCAAAAUCAGGGUGAGUUGUUGAAGAGAGGUCGUCUUCAUACUCCUUAUUUGGGUGUUUCUGAUUGCUUCAAAAGGGUUCUUCGAGAAGAAGGUGUUCUGGCUUUUUGGAGGGGAAAUCAAGCCAAUGUCAUUCGUUAUUUUCCUACCCAGGCUUUCAACUUUGCAUUCAGAGAGUACUUCAAGAGUCUUUUCGGGCAUUCUAAGGAGAGAGAUGGCUACUUGAAAUGGUUUGCUGGAAAUGUGGCUUCUGGAAGUGCUGCUGGAGCAACAACUUCAGUCUUUCUCUAUCAUCUAGAUUAUGCACGUACACGACUUGCUACUGAUUCACAGGGAGUUUCUAUGAAUGGGCAACGACAAUUUAAAGGAUUGGUUGAUGUUUACCGCAAGACAUUGUCAACUGAUGGAAUUGGAGGACUUUAUCGAGGAUUUGGAGUAUCAAUUUUUGGAAUUACACUUUAUCGGGGUUUGUACUUUGGGAUAUAUGACACUUUGAAGCCGCUUAUUUUGGUUGGGCCUCUUGAGGAUAAUUUCCUUGCUUGUUUUUUCUUGGGUUGGGGAGUGACAACUACAUCUGGUAUCUGUGCCUAUCCAUUUGACACCGUGCGACGGAGGAUGAUGCUUACAUCUGGGGAGUCUGUAAGGUAUUCUAAUGCAUUACAUGCAUUACGUGAGAUUAUUCAUCAUGAAGGGUUUUCUGCUCUUUUCCGGGGUGUUUCUGCAAAUAUCCUUUUGGGUAUGGCAGGGGCUGGAGUGCUAGCAGGGUAUGAUAAGUUGCACCGUAUUGCUUAUGGACAUGGUUAUAGGUUCGAGCCUUACAAUAAGUUGCGAAAAUGAAGUGUAUAAGAUUCUUGCUUUUGUACAGCUUCAAAGUAUACUUAAUUGUAUCCCCAUUGAUUUUUCACAAAGGUUUUCAAAUCAUUCAGAAGGAAAAAUCACAGCCAAAAGAGUAGGAAAUAUAAGUCUCAUACUCAUUGAAUCUUCAUUAUUGAUGCCAUCAACAAAUGUUUGUUCAUAAUGGCAAUCCCAAUUGUAUCAACUGUAUAGUUUCACCAGAUCAUAUUAAUGUAACUGCUUCUCUUUUAUUCCUA